GUGCGUUUUCCCUUAACCCUGCCGCUGUCACGGGAGACGUGGGGUGGGGACACUGCGCAGCUUUUUGCUGCUGCUCGAAAUCAUUAUUAUUGCUGCUGCUUGCUACGGGAUCAGUACAGACACUUCGAUGCUAUGGCUUAACACUGUCGGAAAAAGUUUAGCUGACGAGUAUUAGGGCUUGUCCUAACCACGUCGGCAGCGACGGGAUGUGGGGAAGACGGGGACCAAAAAGUGGACGCUGACGGCUCUUCUCUGUGGAGCAGUUGCCCGCAGCGGCGGCGGCCUCAGGAGGCAUCACGUGCGCGCGGCGAAGGGUGGGUCGGUGGGCGGGUUGCCUUCGGAAAGGGCUGCUCCGCGGCUCCUUCCCGUCCCUCUUCCCUCGCCUGGGUUUCGGGACGCCCUCCGUGAAACUCCGCCCCUGGAUAUGGGCGAGCGAACGAGGAAGAGGCGAAGGGAAAGAGAAAGGCAGGCGAAAGGAAGCGCAGGGGGCUCGGCUUUGUCGUGAGCUCGGGAGCUGCUUCGCCUUCCCAUCUGCCGGGGGAGCCCGACCAACUCCGGGGAAGAGGCGGCGGCGGCGGCCGGGGGCUGGUUGGCUGGUUGAGGGCGCAGGAGCCGCGGCAGCCACCGCCGCCACCCUCCUCCUCCUCCUCCUCCUCCUUUCUCUCCUCCCCCAGCGCCGAGGCCCACUAGGAGGGACCCAGAGGAGCCCCCCGGAGCUCAUUCCCUGCUGGUGGGGGUGGCACACGCAGCCCCGCCAUGGCCACCAAGGUGAGCAGAAAGCGAGCCCUGCACGCGGCAGCCUCCCUUCCCCAGCGCCGCCCGCUUUUUGUUUGUUUUCAAAUAACUCGGGUGGGUGGGGGGUGUAGUUUCUGAGGGAACGGCUCGCAAGUGGGGCGCGUUUCUCUGGGGGUUGGGAGGAACCGGAGGGCGUUUUGGCGGGACUCUUGGCUUGCCUGCCUGCGCGCCGGGGUCCGGUGCUGGCUUGAGGAGCGGGGCAUGGCGGAGGGCGGCGUCUGAGGGGCAUUCCCGCCCCCCCCCCCCGUUGAAGUCACUUGGCACAGUUUAAUCUAUUCCAGGCAGACGGGCAAACGUGCGUUUGGGCCUCCAGCACAACUCUCCGCUGUGGUCUCAGCAAACGGGAGGAAUGGCUGGCGAAGAGCAGCCUUCAAACUUCUGGGUGCCUCUGGAAAGAGUUUCCUUUCCACUGGCGAUAUUUUCAUUAAUCCGUGGUAAACAGUGAAAUGAAUGACUUGCUGUGUUAAAAGGCUCCUCUCUUCUAGGAGACAAACUCUCUUGUUCCUCCAUGAGUAACUUUUCCCCAAGUUCAGGGUUUGAAGACAGUAAUAUGUGUCAGUGAAGAAAGAAAAAACCUGCUUCCCAACUCCAUUCCUAGGUGUCAUCACAUUUUGUACACAGUGCGUGUUAACUGGUUGUCCUUCUGGUAGUAUCUGUUCCGUUUUGUAAUUCUGAAAAGUUGCUUGAAGUAAUGCAGACGUUACAACCGAUAGUAUCCUAACAGCCAAGUCCUCUGCAUGUUUACCGGGAAGCAAAUCCCAUAGUGUUCAAUUGGUCUUUCCUACUUGUGUGUUUUGAGUUACAGCCUACAUGUGCUUUCUGGGUUGCAAGAAAACAUUUCAAAAAUACUUUUCUGGGGCGGGGAAAAGUGCUAAGAUAUCUCAAGGGAGCAGCAGCUGAUUGAUGUUAGCAUAGUCUGUGUGGAAACUUAUUUUUAAAAAUCAGUACUGUUUUCAUACUGUAAAUGUUUAAAUUCUACAGCUACUUCAUUUGUUACUGUUUUUAGUUCUAAGAUCAAGCAGUAAAAAAUUAGCCACCAGGUGUUUUUAAUACGUCCUUUUUCCUUUCCUUGAUUACAUCAUAUGUUAGUUUUGAUCACGUGUAUAUUUAGAACUAGUAUUUCCAACCUACACAUGAUGAGGGGAAAAUGAAAUGUGGUAUAUCUGUCCUUAAAGAGAUGUUUGCUUCUCAGUUUAUGCAUAUGCUUUAGAAAGGCAUUUUAAUGUUUAGUUUAGACAUGCUUUUGGACUCUUCUGUUACCCAGAUAAAGCUGUUGACUUUUUUUUUAAAGUGGUUUAAUUUUUGAAGUUCUUAAAUAGUCUUUCAGAAACUAAAACAAAAGACCAACAGGCCUAGCACUCUCUAAAACACUGUAAUUAUUACUUCUGCAAAAGUGUUUUUACAGAAUUCAUUAUUAUUGCAAUAUCCCUCAGGCAACUCAUCCCUUUUUAUAGAUGAGAUGCCAAAGCAAAUAUAUCUGUGGAUUUACUGUAUCCAUGGCAUAAGCAGGUCUGAAUCAGAUCAAUCACAAUAGGCCUCAGUCCACUUCUUUAUUGCAGACCAAUUCAGGCCAUAUUGUGCACUCGUGUUACUUUUCUGACAAGUUUUAAAAAGUUGGUCCCAACUUCUUUUCCUUUUCCUGCUUGAAUUAUGAGUACUGAAAAAGGAAAGGUAUAUUAGAGAGAACUUGGAUAUAAGUACUGAUUAAAUUGAUCCUUAUGUUCAGAACUGCAUCAAGUUCUUUGUAGUUUAUCCUUUAUUUUUGAGUACUCAGCAUUCAAAUAGGAAAGGAAAAAAUGAGUAAAGACAAAGUUUUAAAAAACUAGUCACAAGGAACGAUUGCUGAGUAAUACUCUUACCUCAUCCAUGGCUAUAGAUAGCUCUUUCCUUUGAAGUGGUGUUUUUAGGUAUAAUAACCACAGAAAGAGUAUUGAAACUCCUUCAGUGUGAGUUCUCAGUUUAAAGUUCAGUGUGAGUUUGCAGUUUAAAGUAUAUGACCAAGGUAGAUUGUUUUCUUACACUUUCAUUAUGAAAAUUAUUGGUAUUCUGUAUUAUUACUAGUCUAGGAUGUGCAGUUAUGAGGUCUUAAAAAUAAUUGUGAAUAGGGCUGUGGAAAUCAAGAGGUUUCCAUUUUAUAGCAAAAAUUGGAAUGGAAGAGUUUUUUGUUUAAUUUGCUGCUCUGGACCUAGACACCGGAUAAUAUAAUAUUAAAAAGUGUAAUGACAGCUGAAUAAUGAACAAAUCAACAAAAAUAAAAAUAACUGUUUUGAUAGUUUUAAUAUCUUUUGGCAGUAGUUGAGUAAAAAGUUGAUGAAGUAACAUGCUUUUCUUCUUUAAGAAAAAGAAGAGCAGGAGAGAAAGGCCACUAAUUGGAAAUGCAGUUUUGUUUCACUUGCCACCACUCAGUGGAAUUUGCUAUAACUUUUUCUUUACUGGCUUGCUUUAAAAUGGGGCAUAUGUAGAUUUUUACUGAAGUACUCCGCCUGUGGAGAAGGAGCUGCUGUAAAGAUAAUAAAUAAUCUGCAGUCAUUCUUGUAUGCAUUCCAGUGAAGAGAUCAUUGGGUGAGUGGUACUUGAGCUUGGCAUGAGUUGGGAUGAGAGGAAGGAAGGAAUUCCUGCUGAAAGUUUUUAAGUCUCUCAGCCUCAAUCUGUGAGUCCUUACGCAAAGUGGUGGACAUGCUCACAUGCACAUGCUCACAGAAUCUGUGCACUAACAUGCCAGUCAGCUGAGGGAAGGGGCCAAAGGGUAGAGUAAGUUUGGAAGAGAAGCCAAAGUUUGAGAUGCACUGUGUGCCUGUUUGAUAGAGCCUGGGUACAGUGACAUGUCUAUUCAUAAGCUAUUUGACUUGCAUAGGCACUUUUUCUCGAGUCUAAUGCCUCCUGUGGGAAAAAAAAUUAUCUUAGUUAUUCAUCAGUGGAAGUAUAUGCCUAGAUUUUGGACACUUUGAGGAGAUCUAAAGCUAUUGCUUAGUUUUGCAGGUUUAUAGUGCUGUGCUCUGUUGAUGUCCCUUUCCAGUAUGGCAUGGAAAUAUAUUUACAAAGCACUUUUAAUACCAGAGUGCAAUGUGAAUUUCCUCUUGCCAGCUGUUGAAAGCCAAAGCUAUUGAAGGUUUUCCGCUUAGGCAGUAGCAGAAACGUAGUCCAAUUGGUGCUUGCUUACUUCAGUGUUGAAAGGAAGUGAAGGAUCAUUGUUUCAGUGCCAAACAAAUGCAACUUCAUUGUGUAAACAUAGAAGCUUGCUGCAUCCUUUUAUUUGGCUAGUUUUCUAAAGUCAAAUGAGGAUUGCCCUAUCUUUUGCUUACGUGAAAUUGUACUGUGAAUAAUAAAUAAAAAUAUAUAUCUGAGAUUCUGGGAAGCAUUCAGGAAUAAUAAAAGGCUUAAAAAUGGAAGGCUUGUGCUACAUUGUUUCAUAGUCUGUUUUGUUUACAUUCUUGAAUUAUUGACUCUCAAUAUGAGUUGCAGGUACCUGAAGCAAUGUUCACAUUUUCAAAAAUUAACUUAAAAAAUUAAAGUGCUAUUUUAAACAACUAAUUGGAUGAUAUUUAAACCUGGUUAUUUCAAAAAUUGAAAUUCAGCAUUUAAGUCCAUGGAUGAUAAGAUACAGGCAAUAAAAAUUGCCAGCCAGAAACUUAAAAUGGUUAGCUGCGAAUAUGUGCUUCUCAAAGCUGAAAAGACCAAUGGCUCUGUAAAGCUAAAUGACAGACAAGUCAGUCUACCCAUGUAAUUCUCAUUCACAUUCUGUGUGAAAUGAGUGUACUAUAUGUGCAAUGAUGUAGAAUUUCCAUGUAUGUGUGUGUGUCCAGAGUUAACCUGAGAGAGGUGGGUGCAACUUGAUGACCUGGCUCUUGCAACUGGGAAAACUAUUUGCUUUAGGUGAGCAAGUGACAUACAGAAUAAUAGAAUUGCAGAGUUGGAAGGUACCCGAGGGUCAUCUAGCCUAACCUCCUGCAAUACAGGAAUCUCAGCUAAGACAUGCAUGACAGAUGGCCAUUCAACCUCUUCUUAAAAACUUCCUGUUAAUGAGGUAAUGUUUCUCUUGCCAUAAUCAAGAAUGGGGUUUUGCCCUUUUUGAGGACAUGUCUGUUAGGAUAGUCAGGAUCUCAUAAGGUUAGAAGAGACUAAUAUAGGCCAUUAGUCUAGCUGGUUGUUGCAAAACUGGACCAUCAUUCCAUCAACUCUGUCAGUAAAUGUAAGAAUUUACACUACUGUGAUCUGAGACUAGGUGCCCCAAAAGCAAGCAAAGUCUCUUGCUUUUGUAAAUAGCUAAUUCUAGUGAGGUAACCAUGCUAGUUUGUUGUGGCAUAGUUUGAUAACACCUCAAAACCUUGACAUUUAUUGCAGGGUUUUCCAAACUGUGGUCUAUAGACUAAGUUUCAUUUAGUUACAGUAGUUUGUUGUCUGUGAAGAACCUUUACAAUGUUAAUUCUAUAGAAUUCUAACUAAUACAAGACAAUACAACAUAAGAAAUAAAAGAAGUAAUAAAAAUGCAAUUAAAAAUCAUAACAGCAUUUAGCACAGGUUCCUACAAUUGUUGCAAGAGACAGAAGAACCAUUAAGUUGUUUGCCAAGACCCACCCAGCCAAACUCAAGUGGUCCAUGGGGAGAAAAGUUUUGGAUCCUCUUAAUUUAUUGUGAAUUCACAAUAGUUGGUAUCUUUCCAAUGACAUGCUGAACAAACACAGUACAGCUGGAAGUGUUGUGGCACACCGAAAAGCUUAGCUUGCCAUGAACCACGAUCCCCAAUUCAGACAUAAUGCUUUACCAAGGGGAGUCAACUGUGUAUUUACUAUAAAUCAUUAACUAUGGUUUACAAUGAAAUGUGAAUUGUGCCACAUUUUGCCAAUAUCUUGUGUCAGAGAACAACAAGCACAUUUUUUUCAUAAUUGUUGAGAAAUGACCAUUCUUAACAAGUGCCGUCGUUUGCAUCCCUAUGUAACAAGUUAAGGGAAGAGGAUAUUUCCAUUAUUGAAAUGAAGUUAUUUUUCUUUGGCAUAAAUUUGAGAAAAUUGGAGAUCAUCUGGAUAAAACAUAAUAAUUUUUAUGUAGAGCAUCCCUUUUAAAGAUGCCUUCCCAUAGUUACAAAUGGAGUCUAUGAACAGGCAUGAAUUGAUUUCAGAUGAUACAAAAAUAAUCUUCUUGGAACAUGAACACAUGACUUCAGUUACAAUCUUCCUUUGUUCUGGCCAGAUGGUGACUUUAUACUUUUCAAUUACCGUAUAUUAGAACUCAUGAUGGUGAGCCCUCCCCUUUCCUCCAGCUUGAUACGAAUGGACUCAGGGAAAAAAGGUUUGACACAAAGGAAAAUCAAGCCCACCCUGCCAUGCCAAAGUUCAGUCCAGUCAGGAUUCUGGUGAUGCAAAGAACUGAAGGCCUCCUUUCUCAAAACUUAACUGCAGCAGUGUCAGGUAUUGUGGCAGGGCCUUAUUUUUCCAUGUCAUAUAAGAAUGAUCAGAACUAUUUCACAUGGUAGGAAGCAUAGGACUUUGGAAUGCUCUCCCCAGAAAAGUACACUUGAUGUGCCUGGUGUCAGGUAAUGUCAUUUUUAUUUUCCUUAGGCUUUUAAAUUUUUGUCUUUUCUACUCUAAUAUUAAUUUUAUGCUGCUUUUAUAGAUUUUCAGUCUUUAGCGUAUUUUAUAGUGGCUUAAUAUUUUAUUGUAGGCAGCCCUCAUGUACUUGAAGGGGAGAUAUCAAACUUAAUGAAGGAUAAAUAGAAAGCUGUGUUACAGUGAGUGAAGCCAUUGGUCAGUUUAGCAUACUUUUGUCUACUACGCCAGCUGGUAGUGCCUUUACAGUGUUUCAGAAGACUUUUCCAGCCAUGCCUGGAGAUGGCUGGGAUUGAACUCUGGACUUCUUACUAACAAAGCAUAUGCUCUACCACUGAGCUAUGCUACCCUUUCCUCAUUGCUUGGGACUCUUCAAUGAUAAUGGCUUGGUUUGCCCAUGCAAUAAGCCAAACUACGGCUUACAGGGACUCUGUGAACGUUCUGUCUCCUGGAGGCAAGCUUGCAUCUACUUUCCACCCUCCUGGUCCUUUUUGUUCUGUGCAACAACUAAGUCAAAGUUUGGCUUAGUUUGUCACUUGAACCCAGGAUCAUGGUUAAGCGCUCUCCUUUUUAACCAUGAUCUGUAACACUAGGGCAAUCCUUGACUACAGAUCAUAGUUAAGGAAGAGAGAGCUUAACCAAGAUUCAGAUGACAUGCUAAGCCAAGCUGAGCUAAAAAGACCGGGGAACAGCAAAGUGACUGAUUUUCUCCCUGGGAACAGUCUAUUCACAUUAUGCCUUGGUUUGGCUUAGUGUUGUGUGUGAGUGUGGCCAGUGUGUAGUGCUUAAUGGAAGCUUUAUUGACAGCCCCAUUGUUGCUUCUACUUCAUGUGGAUGUACUAUGUAUCCUAGACAGUCAUUCUUUUUUCUUGCAGUCUCAUCCUGUUGCAAGGAUGAGCAAGAAAACAAUUGUGAAAGUGCUGUCCUUUUUUCCUCCCAUUAUGCUACUGACUGAUAGAAAUAGUAUAUUUUGCCAUAUGGGGUGUUGUUCAUUCCUGAAAAUGGUUAUCUUCCCUGCAACUUUAAUGGCAUUACUUGCUGUGCUGGUAACCCAACAUUUCCAUAAACAUGGUUGUGUGCUGGAUUCCACCCACCCCCCUUAUUUCUUUUUGGUUAGGGCAAGGAAUCUUUGCAUGUAGGGAAUGAAACUCUUUGCUUUGGCCUUAAUUGACAGAACAGAUUUCUUCCUUCCGUUUUUUAAAGGCUUGGUGAAGCUCAGCAGUUUUUUUUAAAAAAAUAUUCUUCCAAGAUAAUUUAGAACUUAAGAAAACAAUGUAGGAGCAAAACAUCUUGGAACAGUGCUCAUUUUAUUGACUCAUUAGAGCAGGAGUCUUCAAUCUAGAGCCUGCAGGACCCAACUGAGUUGCGAAUCUGGCCCGCAGGGCCAUUUGAAAACCCACUGAGAGUCCGCUUUUCCUUAGCGCAGUAGGGGGUGGCAAGCAACCCCAACAUGGCUUUUCAGCAGCUCGGGGACUGAUUGGACAGUCCCCGCACCGUGCUGAGGUAGACUGAUGUGGCCUUUCAUUCGUUGAGCCGCCGCUGACACACAGCUAGAUAUACAGUCCAUUUGUAAAACAGUGGUUAAAACAGCAUUAAAAUAUAUUUUCAACAGGCAUGUAUUCUGCAUAGUCAGUGAGAUUUUAGAAACCAUGUGGAAAAAUAUCAUUCUGAGAAUGUUUUUGUGUCUGGAGAAGACUUGGAACAUGUUGCAAUUACAUUUUGCUGAAGAGUUUAUUUCCACUCAACAGUGCUAGUAAUUGUUUCCCAGAGUGGCAUCCCUGUUUGUUUCUGAAGCACCCAGGCAGGUUUCCUGACAGUAAUCCAACCAGUUUUAUGUGCUAAGAAUGAAUUCCUUACUACAAUAUGUUUGUAUAUUCAUAAUUGUUUAAAUAACAUCUGUGCCUUGCACAAGGCUCACAUAAUCAAUCAUCCAGGCAAUAAAUGUGGACAAUAUAUGGUCUACAUAAAAAUUAGGCAGAAUUUAUCAUCUUUCCCAUGCUACAUUAUAAAAGAUGUAGUUAAUUUGGACUCGUACUUUUCAUAGAAUCAUAGAAUUGUAGAGUUGGAAGUGAGCACCAGGGUCAUCUAGUCCAACCCUCUGCAAUGCAGGAAUGUUUUGCCCACCGUGGAGCUUGAACCCACAAGCCUGAGAUUAAGAGUCUCAUGCUCUACCAAGAAAUUAGUUUUUGGUUUUGUAGUGAACAAAUACUUUCUGAACAAAAGUUAAUUCUAACAAUAUUUCAUUUUUGAAAUGUGCAAAACUAGGGCAAGUUCUGAAAGAACAUAUUUAAUGAACUUAGUAGAGAAGGAAAUUGGGGAGCUCAAGGCAAAUGGAAAGCACGCGCGAAUUACUGGUUUACACUACUAAUACAAGCAAAAAGUCCAAAACAAGGGAAGUGGAGUAAGGACAACUUUCUACUAUCACCUGAUCUACUGAAUACUUUCAUAGCAUGAUACCGGCAGAAUGACAGUGUUCUUGUUAAUACUUUAUACAACACAACAGCAUUAUCAGCAUGUGUUUCUGCUGUCAAAAUUUGACUAGCUAGCAACACUGUCCACCACUGUGUUCCACAACCCAUUAGCUUUCAAGGUUUCAAACAGCUUAUGAGAAGGACACUGCUGCAACUUACUUUUAUCAUGCAUAAGACACUUCAGUACAGUGGUACCUCGGGUUAAGUACUUAAUUCGUUCCGGAGGUCUGUACUUUACCUGAAACAGUUCUUAACCUGAAGCACCACUUUAGCUAAUGGGGCCUCCUGCCGCUGCGCCGCCAGAGCACGAUUUCUGUUCUUAUCCUGAAGCAAAGUUCUUAACCUGAAGCACUGUUUCUGGCUUAGCGGAGUCUGUAACCUGAAGCGUAUGUAACCUGAGGUACCACUGUAAUAUGAAGAUGAACUGCCCUGUUUUUCCUGACAGCAGAACACCCUCAGCGUUUUAGUCUACACUUAAUAAAGAAGCAGUCAGGAAUCUCUGACUUCUGGGUCAGUUUCUUGGUAAGUGGGACUUCCUGUCAUCACCAAUCAGCUGAUUGGUGCUGCAGCUAGCCUUCAAAGCUGCUCAGUGAGCCCUUUUUAAGUUGUCAUCUGACAUAAAAAUGAUUCAGCUGAUUGAUAAAUAGGUGCCCACCAAUCAAAUUUGGCCUACAGGGUUGGAGGAAACCUGCCAGUUGGAUCAAGUUCCCAUCCCUGACUAAAGCAUGGAAAUGAGCAUGAAUAGCACAGCCGUCUAUUAAAUAGUGUAUGCCACAACUGAACGCAUUGCUGGGGCUCAUUUCUAAGAAACACACCCUUAUCAGGACCAGAUGCUGUGGAGUCCAGCAGAUGAAGGAUGGGUAUAAGAUGGCCAGAAUAAGAUCUAAUUUUCAGCUGCUGAUUCACAGCAACUUCUUAGGGCCAGUCCCUAAUAAACAUUUUUGCAUUUGACAAAACCAGAAAACUGAUAGUAUAUCUUAUGAAGAUUCAGUAAGUGGCUUUAAUUUAAUUUUUAAAAAACCAACUUAUUCUUGUGUUUUUAACUGAGCAGGAACAACACAGAAUGCACGAUUCUUGUAAGCCACAUUGGGGACCAAUUUUGAUUGAAACCAAACCUGUAAUUAAGCCUAAGCACACGUAACUGAAACAACUGCAUAUUGCAUUCCCAUUUGCCUCCACCUCCCUUUCCCUCCCCUUUGUUGUUUUUCCUGUGUCCAGUCUUAGAUUGUAUGCUUGUGCGGCGCAGGAUAUAAGUAUUUUUUAUAAUAAAAUACAAAGCCCUGGAGUUAUUGUUCCACUUCUUUGUUUGUGUGAAGUAAUUAGUUCCAUAGGGAGAAAAGAGACCUUGUUGACUCCUGUUCCCUACUCAUGGUACAUAAAUGAGUGGAGAGCUGUAGAUUUUGUUGAUUCCUGAUCUCAGCAAUAUUUUUUUCUGAACAAUGCAAAUAAAUAUUCAUACAAAAACUAAAAGUGGAAAUUGAAAUGCUAUCUUCUCAUAGUAACACAUUGCUAGUUUAAAUAAGGAUAGGACAGGGGAUCAAAUAGUUAAUCCAUUGCCGUACAGAAGGUGACAACUUCUCCUUAUGGUGCUUGAAGCACCAUGCAUGACAUUAAAUUCCAAAUACCAGAGAUGUAAUUCAAUAACAACAAAAAUCGCAUAUUUGAAAUAAUAUGAGGUUAAUAAUAUGAGGUUUCCAGGACUAAAUUAUAUCUUCAACCACCAAGCAAAAACUUUCCUUUUUAACCAGGCCUUUGUAAUUACCAAAACUUCACCCCAUAAAGGUUUACAACUGGACAACUAGCUAUACAUCAUGUGGAUAAGGGGCCAUAUUUCUGCCCCAUAUUGCCCAUCCUUGGGGAUGGAAAACAAUUUAUUUUAGAGCUGUCAUGCAUCCAUUAAGUACAAAUUAUUAGAGGUCUUUUUUUAUGAGAUCAAUCCUCAGACUUAAGUGAGGGCAUUUUGAUAUAUAAGAGUGCUGUGAGCUACUAAUUAGGUUGAAUGUGGUAUUCAAACUUCUGUUCUGGUCCUUGUGAAGGUGCUUUAAAAGGCUGGGUGGACAGUGUAGACUUGAGGUUGUUGGUUGGUGGUGGAGAGAUUCCUAAAUUUCCUCAGAAAAUUAAACAAUAAUCAGUUUUGGAACUUGAGACCUGAUUGUGUCUACAAUUUAGAUUUUUACUGAUACAGGUUUUACAUAAAUUUUUGGAGUUCCAAGUUUUUCAAAGUGCUAACCGUAACAAGUGAUGUGUCACCAAUUCCUGUCUGCUGUUACGUCAUUUCUUUUGAACUCUGGUUUCCUACAAAUGUUUGCUAUGAACCUUUAACUAAACACAGAAGUGUUGUCACUGAUAUAGUUUUUGCACAUCUACAGGCUCGGGUUAUGUAUGACUUUGCUGCUGAACCUGGAAACAAUGAGCUGACAGUUAAUGAAGGAGAAAUCAUCACAGUUACCAAUCCGGUAAGAUGCAGUCAGUGGAAAUCAAAGUACCAUACAUAAACCUACUUCCUGGAAUUUUGGUAUAGAAACAUCAAGUAUUUACCAUAUUAUUGAACCUGAAACCUACAGAUACACAACUUGUACAUUUCCCUUCUGUCUUAGUAGAUUUGCCAUUACCCUCCAAGUUAAUAGAUACAUUACUUAUUUACUUACUUAAAAGGAAGUCAUAAAAAGAGUUGGUCACUGUUAUGCAUUUUUCUAAGGGGGCAGGACUGGAAUUCUAUAGACUUAUUAGUUACAAAUAGUUCUUUGAACUGUGCCUCAAAGUUGCAAAUACAUCUUGGGCAAACAUACAUAUGAUAUAAUGAUAUUGGAGCUAUAACUUAAAUGUAGCCUUACUUGGAAGGAAGUCCCAUUGAAUUUUGGACUUGCUUCUGCUUAAGCAUGUUCAGGUUUGUGUUUUGUUUGCAUCCUUAGUGAGAAAAAUUCAUAAUCUAAUUUUUAAAAAAACUAUGGAAAAUUUAAUAGUUCAAUAGGUAUAUCUGCUUCCAUCAAAUCUGCCAGCUAAAAUUGCUGGCAAGUUGAAUAGAUCCAACUUGAACUGCUCAAGCCUAAACACUGUCUUGCUGGGUUUACUCCAAAAUGAACAUGUGUAGGACUGCAGCUGUAUGUAGCUGCAUCAGGUUUUCAUAGAGCCAACAUGAUGUCGUAUGUUGGACUCAAAUUCCGAUUUUCAUCCAGCUAUGAAAUAGACUGCUUAGCCUUUGCUGUCUCUCAACCUGACCUAGCUCCUAUGGUGGCUGUGAUAAUAAGACUGCAAAUGCUAUCCCCUGACUGGCAGUGGUGGGACUUGAUGGUGUGCUGCAUCAACAGUCCCACCAUUCAUGCCAGCCAGGACAGAAGAUGGGGGUGCAGGAAACAAUACCUUUUUGCUGUGUCGGCUCCUAGGCUGUCAUGUUGAAGAAGCCUGGAGAGCCCCUCAGUAUCCAGCAAAUCCUGUGCCAGCACAGCCCCACUGCUGAAAUGCUGAGUUUUUUUGGAGGGGUGGAGAGGUCAUCAACUGCAGCUUUUGGAGACGCCAGUGGCAGUAGCUUCUGAGUGAAGGGAUACUUGUGCUGCAUUAAAAACUUUCCAGCACAUUGUAUCAGGGGUUUAGAUUGCUCUAUUAAUUGGGAGACCCCGUUGUGCUUUGGAGGAAGCUUGGAACAAAAACGUGAUACUAAGAAAACAUGAAUAUGCUAAAAAGACAUUUGGAAUGCAUUUCUUUAAAAUAACUAAACUUACAAUUUAUUGUCUUCAUAAUUUUAACUACUUAACACAUUUGUUUUUAUUUGUUGUAGGAUGUAGGUGGAGGCUGGCUGGAAGGCAAAAACAGCAAAGGAGAACGAGGACUUGUUCCCACAGAUUAUGUUGAAGUAAGUUACAAAAUGAUAUUCAUCAGUGAGAUAAAGUGAAAUUACUACGUAUUCUAUAGAUAACCAUUUUUUUAAAACUGGAAACAUACACUCUUGUAAGUCAGUAAGUGAGAUACAGUAUCACACCAUUGUUUCUGUGUUUGUACAUAUAAGAGGCCUAUAGUACACUAAAAACCAAAUUGCAGUCUGCUUGGGGCUGCAAUCCUAACUCCACUUACCUGGGAGCAAGUUCCAUUGAAUUAGGGUUGUUCUCACUUACAAGGAGCAGCUUGUUCUUACUUAAAUGGAAGAUGGAAUGAAACAGGGCUUGUUCCCUUCUUGUAUGUUCAAUGCAUGCACAUAGAUACAGUAAGGCAGUGGUUCGCAAACGUUUUUCACAGGGACCAUUAGAAAAUUGCUGAGCAUCUUUGUGAAUCAUUUAAUGGUUUUUCUGCCUCUUGUAGCAGUCACAGUGUGCUGUGCAAGAUGCUGGAUUAUUUUUAAUUGUAUUUUUAUUGCUUCUUUAAUUUCUUACAUAUUGGAUUUUAUUGUAUUACAGUUUGAAUUCUGUAUUAUAGUAUAAUAGAAUACAAUAUAAGCAAUAAAAAUACAAUUAAAAUCAAUAUGAGUGUUUAGGGUGAUGGGUGUCCUGUCUCCUGUCUUCAGCCAUAAACACACUCUGCCAUCUGAAUGAGUCUCACAGAGAACUUAAGUCCAUUGAUACCACUGAGUGUGUUCAGAGUGUGACUUUUCUUUAAUAUAAAGUUGACAUUUUAUUUUAGAAAUGUAUUUUCAGCAGCAUUCUGUUUUUCAGAUUCUACCUGAAGGUACCAAAGAUGGAAUUUCAGUAGCUGACCAAGCCUUUUUUGAUGGUCUCUCUACUGCACAGGCUAAUUUGCAAGCAGCAAAAGCCAAUAGCCAGGUAGGUCUUGUUUCUUCAAAAAACCCUUUUUUUAGAGCAUGUUUUCUUGAGCACCAGAAGCAUGACAGACUGUAUUGAACCAAAGAAGCUUGUUGAAGUCCCUUGUUGUGAGUUACUCUAACCUGCAUGGAAAAGACAACCUCAGGUGUUCUUUAAUCCUUUGAAAAUUAACUCCUCAUUUAUUGACAUAGUUGUAAGGGAAAUGAAUGGAAAAGUUCUGCUAACAUUACAUUGGAUCUCUUCUGGGUCAGACCAAAGCUCUUGUCUAAUCCAGAAUCGCUUUUCUAUGACCAACCAGAUUUCUUUUAGGAAGCCAUAAACAGCCAAAGGUUCUCCUUUUUUUUUAUUUGCACUCCAGGUACUGGCAUUCUCUGGGCAUAGAGAUUCCAGUUAGUUAUCAUGGUGGUUGAUAAACCUUUUCUCCAUUAAUGUGUCUCAUCUCUCUUUGUGGUGGGCAAUUCUUUAUUGUUCACUUGUAUUAAUUUUGCCACAGCUUUUGUUCCUUCUUUGUUCUUGUUUUCCCUUCUUUAAAAUAAGACUUCCUUCUUCUCCAUGAGGGAUAGCUCAGUCAGUAAAGAAUGAGACUCUUAAUCUCAGGGUUGUGAGUUUGAGCCCCAUGUUGGGUGAAAGAUUCUGGCAUUGCAGGGGGUUGGACUAGAAGAUCUUCAUGGUACUUUCCAAUACUACAAUUCUAUGAAUAUGUAUAGCUUCCUUUACUCUGCUUGUUAACCAUGCUGGUAUCCUCUUGGACUUGUCUUUACCUUUCCUAAUAUGUGCGGUAUACAUUUUAUCAGAACUAGUCUUAACAACUGUCUAUAACCACUGAGUCAUCCAACUGUUCACAUAAAUAUGCGUUGAAUUUGAUAGCUCUUUGUCAGCAGUUAGCAGUUGAAAAUCUUGCACCAGAUCUUAAGCACCCCUGUAUGAAGAUUGAUCCCAGGUUCUCUCUUAUCCCCGCUUGGAUCCUGUGUGUCUUUACCACAUCAACCAGCCAGCAUCCUUGACUGCCCAUGUUGGCAGGAAAGAGGAAACAAAAUACAGUUUCUUGACCUGUUAGUUCCUGUGUGAGUUAUUUCUGAAAUCCAUUUCCUUAUUGGCCUUUCUGUUGCUCAGUUCUCUGUCUCCUCCACUUGUUCUUCCUUUCUAUUGUAAUGUAUCAGCCAAUUGCUGAGUUUGCUCUCUUCCUGUUUCUUCCCUGCCUCCAGAUACCUAACCUCUUUUCAUUCAGCCUGCAUAUCUUGGCCAAGUAGCACCAUUUGUCGCUAGAUCCAUUGUCGUUGUCACUGCCUGAAACUCUUAAUAUUCCAUGUUACCCAUCCCAUUUGGUUCUCCUAAACACGAGUCCCUUUCUCCCAUUAGAGCCUAUACAUCCCUUGUAUGUGUGAGGCUGAAAUGGAGCUCCACUGGCUAGCCAUGCCACCAACCACCACAGCAGGCCCAUUCCAAAUUUUUAAAUAUCUGGAAAGAGCAAUAUGUAUAAAUAGCUGCUGACAUAUAGGCCCCUCUUCCUAGAUGUCAUUGCUGAAUAUGUGGCCAUCAAGGGAGCAGGCGCCAAUUAAGGUGGGGCUAGCUCAUUUGGUUUACAUGCACAUGUUAGAGGAACCUUUUUCAAUUCGAGGGCUGAAUUUACUUCUGGGCAACCUUCAAAGGGCUAAAUGCCAGUGUGGGCAGGGCAAAUGGCCAAAGUAGGUGGAGCUAUGAAUGUACAUUUACUAGUUUCUAUACACAUUCACACACAUCUCUCUAGCCUCCAUCCAGACAAGCUCGGGGGCACAUUCCAGCCACACAAAAAGCAGAGCCAGUGAGGUGUGUGGCCUGGAGAGAGUUCCAAGUGCCAGAAGCAGAGGUCUGGUGCGCCACACCUGAACGUACUAUGACCAUGUAAGCUCAAUGGAUAAAGGUGCUUUGAAAUGUUUCAGUGUCUCAUAUCAGCCAAGUUAAAGUUUUGGUUGGUUAUUUCAAAUACAUAUGCAAUUCCUUGCGUCUCCAGCUCUUGGACAUAAGUCUCUCAUUUCUCACCUAUUUCAGUUUUCUUCUUCGCUAAUGGCUUCUUCUCUUGCUUUUUCCUCUCCCCCCCCCCUUGUUCUUUGUUAGAUUUUGAAGGAACUGCUCAAGUCUGUGGCACAAUAUGUUUUAGCUGUUUCUGCAUCCCAAAGCCCCUAAUAUGUCUGCCUGCAUACUCUGGUUCCUCUGGACCCUUCAUUCUUGCUCAUCCCAACUGUGAGUUCUUAAGUCUCUACCGUGCUGCUUUUUGAGUCUCCCAACUUCUGCUUCCCUCAGCUUUUGCUGUGCUUGUCCAUCUUGCCCCUCGUUAGGGCCUGAGCAGCUCAGUUAGUGGGAACCAGAGACCAUGAGGCUCAGAAAGCUCAGCCUAUAGCAGUAGACUCCUUUGCAGCUCUGAUACUAGAGCAGUUCAGCCAGUUAUUAUGAAAGGCCUCAUGACAACUGUGACAACCCCCAUGACUCUAUUGUAAUAGAGACUUGGAUCUGGAUAGGAAUAUCUUUCAACAUGCCUAAAUCUUUGUAGCAGUCCAUAGGUCAGAGGCAGGUAGUGGUGGUCAAAGGUCUUGUAACACGAAAACAAACUUUUGAGUUGGUGGCAGGGUAGUUCAUUCAUUAAUAACUGAAAAAUUAAAAUGUACUAAAAUUCAAAAAGAAGCUUUUUAAUUUCAGUGCAAGGAUUUUUAACAAAUAUGAACACUGCUGUUGUACAGAAAAGCAAACUUGUUUGCACAGCUUUGCAGUGUAAAUUUGAUAAGCCUGUUUGCUUAGCUAUUUAAAACAGUGAAGACUGAAAACCAGUGCUUUUUUCCUAAAAAAAUAUGUUUAGGGAUAUUCUCAUUUUCCUACUCGUAUUGAAAUACUGCCUCUCAGUGAGGCCAAACUUAGAUUCACAAAAUGUUAGAAAAAAGCACUGCUGAAAACUAUAGCGAGUAAUACUUCAGUAUAGUAAUACAAAGCAAUCAAUCACUUGAUAGCCUUUAUAAAAUUAAAAUUUUAAACAAGUUGACCUAGCAGAAUGGCAGAUGAAAUGUAAAUAACAGCCAGUGUAGUUGUAUAGGUAGAGGACUGAAUUUGGACUUCGGACCCAGCCACAAGGUUGCUUCACUACUCCCUGCUAGAAAGGAAGUUAGGUUGACUGGGAGACAAAUAGCAAAAUAAAUUGUAAACCAAAGAAUUUUACAGAGAUGGUGAAGAGGAGGUACAUUAGACACAAAGGCAAGGAAUACUUUUGGACACUGCCAGGGAUCUGAAGAGCUUUUUAAUGUAUGCCUGGUGAAGUUUUUGGCUCUUUCUCUAAACUGUAGAUUCUCAUACCCUAUCACAAACUACCCUCAGUUUCAAAAAGGAUAUGGCAUGUAUGAUUGCUAUUCAAGGCACAUAAAUUAGCUCCUGUAGGCACAUUAAAAAUUACAUAGCUUUUUGGAUUCCAAACAUUGUAUUUUUGUUCUUGUUGUAAUAUAAUUUUGAAGCAAAAAAACAAGCAAAUCUUUUCCUUGGACUAUUGUGGCUGCUCACAAAAAAUCCUGAUGCACGAAAAAGCAACCAACUCAUCUAGUUUUCCUUUUGAGACUCAAAUUGUACUUCAUUCUCAGAAGUGUUGGGAACCCCAAAUCCAGGCUGACAAUGGAAUCUAAGCAGUGAACCAGAAUAAGUUAGUCUAUGAAACUUCUUCCUUGAGAGAAGUGGGAGCUGGCCAAAGCGAAGAAACUCCACAAGUAAGCAAUCUCAGGAGAUCCAGAAGUAUCAAACGGUCUAGAGUAUCAAAGGUUGUUGACAUAGUGCAGCUUCAGAUGAAGUCUGUAAGCCAGUCAGUAUAGGGCAGCCAUUAUGCUCUUAAAUCUCUGCUCGUUGUUUACCUUCUCUCACGUGAACACAUUCCAUUGACUUUCCAACUUUAUCUUUUAAAGGAAGAGGUAUACCACUGCCAGUAAUACUUUUGCUACACUUAAUAAGUUGAAUCCUGCAUGCAGUUUUCACAGCCAGCUUCUUCCAUUCAUGAAAUGAACUGUGAUCAAAUGCAACAGUUUCUCCUUUAACUAUACCUUUCGCUUCCUGCAGCAGGAGUGUCACAGAAUCUAAUUCAGUGUGUCCUGUACCAGUUCAAAAAUGCUUAUUUCAGACUCCCGAGCAAAAUAUUCAACUGAUCACAAGGCAGAUCUUAUUUAAUCAUCGGACUGAUAAUGUAAAAGAUUUUUCUCCAAAAUAUCUUAAAUUGGAGCAUGUCUGUUAAAUGUGAAAAGUCAGAUUUCAUUUGCAACACAUCUAAAAUACUUCAUUUCCACUGCUAAUUGAUGUGGAGUUAAAUGCAAAUAGUAAACAAAGUGGUAGUGAUUUUCUUUGAUUAUAGAAGUAGGAGCUAUGGCCCUUUUAUGAUGGUGUUUUGCUUAUGUUGUGUUCAGAAUUGGCAUGUCUUAACAUUUUUCCCAUUUAGGCUUUAAGUUAUUUUCUUUUCUUCCAUAAAAUUAUUUGAAUUUCAAAAGAAAUCAUUCCUGUUUUUUGUUUCAUCUCUGAUUUGUAAAAAAUAAAACUUUUUAAUACUAAAACAACUGCAGAAGUAAGAAAAUAGAAGCCUUGUCCAAAUGUGGGGAACAAAACAUAACAUAAAUAUUGGCACAAGAAAUGCAAGCAGACAAUAAGGGAUACUACAUAAUAAUUAGUAUGCUAAACAAGAAUGCUAAAAAUCUAAAUACCAACAAUAAUAAAAAAUUGUUAAAUACAUUUGGAGCAGGAGACCAGCUAGAGAGGUGGUUGGACCGAUGUAUGAUAAGGAUGUCAAAGGUGUGCUAAAAGAGGAAAAGGAGGAAUGGGUUAAUUUCAUCAAUCUUCAGAGCAGCAUAUAUAGAGCACAGGAAGGGAGACAGAGGAACUGAGGCAAAUAGGCAAGAGACAAAGUCCUAGGCCUCGUUGACAAAAUAAAAACUUACAAAUCACUGUGUCCAUGUGGCAUCCAUCUGAGAGGCCUUAAAGAACUCAUAUGGGAAAUAGCUGAUCUUCUAGCAAAAAUAUGUACCUAUAACUUGUUCCCAAGAUCAACCUACAUAUCUGUUGACUACAAAGCAGUUAAUGUGAUAUAAUUUUGUAUAAAAGGGAUCCAGGGGAGGAUUCUGGAAAUUACAGAUUAGUUAGCUUAAUGUCUGUUCUGGGAAAAUUGCUACAUAUAUCAAAGAAUAAGACUUGCUGAAGCAUAAGCAGCAUGGCUUCUGCAAGGGUAAGUCCUGUCACUAUGUAUUGGAGUUCUUUGAAAGUAUCUACAGGCAUAUAGAUAAAGCUGAUACUCUGUAUUUGGACUUUCAAAAAGCUUUCGACCUCACCAAAGAGUCCUGAAUAAGGUUAGCAGUCAUGGAAUAAGACGAGAGUUCCUCCUAUGGAUCAGUGAUUGGUUUAGGAGACAGAAGCAAAGGGUAAUAAGUGGACAGUUCUCGCUGUAAAGAGAUGUAGAAAGUGGAGUUCCUGAAAGGCCAGUGUUAACAUUCUAUAGCCAUCUAAAUGUGUCUGGGGAGGCUUGGGUGUUACUGGUUUGUUUUGCCCCACCUAAUUGAUCAUGAGAUGUGGCACACACACACCAUUUGAAUGGCAGUGCCGUCAACUUGGGGGGGGGCAGCCCCCUCAAAUAUUUCAGGGGGGCAAGGGACCUUGGCCCCUAGGAGUUGGCUCCUAUGCUACUUGGUAAUAAGCAUGAUUAAGCAUUACAUUUGCCCUAAGGUCUAAGUACAGUGGUACCUCGGGUUACAUACGCUUCAGGUUACAUACGCUUCAGGUUACAGACUCCGCUAACCCAGAAAUAGUACCUUGGGUUAAGAACUUCGCUUCGGGGUGAGAACAGAAAUCGUGCUCUGGCGGCGGCAGCGGUAGCAGGAGGCCCCAUUAGCUAAAGUGGUGCUUCAGGUUAAGAACAGUUUCAGGUUAAGAAUGGACCUCCGGAACGAAUUAAGUACUUAACCAGAGGUACCACUGUAAUUGACUUUAGUAUUGGUUGAUGGCUUCAUACAUUAUGUUUAAAUUGUUUUUAGUACUUAUAUGCUAGCUUUGUGCUAGCAGAAGCCAGCACUUGGAUUCAUGCUCCCCUCAAUCCACUCUGGAGGAUUAGGAAAUCCCCAGAACGACUCAUGAGGGGAAAUUGUUUGUCUUGCAAGCAGAAAUGCUUGUACUGAUGGGACAUUCAGGAGAGAUGUUGAAGUCCUCCCAGAAUGUAAAUUAUUUCCUUCCUUCCGACGAUACUACUUUAGAGGAGAUUUGCUUUGGACAUGAAGGAGAGCAACAACAAAUUUUUUAUUUGUGCCCUGUCCAUCUGACUGGGAUACACUACUAUCAUUUCUAAAUUAAACAUGGCUGAACAAUAUACAGUGGCUAAAUAAUUGUAGUUAUGUCAAUUCCAAAGUCUUAGAAAAUACUUUUGUUUCAGGAAAACCAGUAAAAAUUAAUGAGGCAAGACAUAGCCAACCAAGUUACUCAGCAAAUUACUUAGCGUUGUGAGCUAAGCCUAGGAUUUGGGCUUAGUAAUUCCUGUAUCAUUUAUAUUUUUCCAGUGACACUUUCAAGAAAAUACUCUAGUAUGUGUUUUGAUUGUUAUAAAUGCAUGUGAACAAAGGCUCCCUUCAUAUGUUAACCACACAUGUUGGUUUCACAGUUUCAGGUUCUCUUAAUGCUUCUGAUGUGAUGAAUGCCAUAAAAACACAACAAUAUAUAAAUGCUUCCAUUUGAGGAAUAAGAAUGCUGAAUGACUUCAUUGAUGCCAAUACAGUGGCAACAAAUGCUUUUAAGACCGGGUGUUCAUGAAUGUCAUUGUGAUACUUGGUAUGAAGGCCCUGUAGAUGAAGUUCAUUUGUAAGCAGAUCAGGAAGUAUUUGUUGUAUGAUUAUUUCAUAAUGUGGGAGACAUUGCUUGGCUUUUGGAAGUUAUGUCUCAUGGCUGCAUGGUUUUACUUAAGUUUUUUGUUGUUGUUUGCCUUUGUGCUUGAUGUAACAUCUAGGAUCUGAACACAAUAGUGUAGUUUGAAUAGGCUAUGGGAGAAAAAUCCUGCAAUCUUUAGAGAAGAGUUUUUAUUUAGAUGCAUGCUGCUUCUGAUUAUUGUGUGGCAGUUGUGUGGCAUGCUUGCAUUUCAGCAGUUCACCUUGCCUGCAAGAAUCUUUCUAUGCUGCAGAGCUGAAAACUACAUCAGGCUUUCAUACUUCUGCCUUUCCCCCUUUACUGAGUGCUUCUUAUUUUUAAGGUGGAUUCUCAGGCAUCUGCCACUCAUACUUCUAUUUUGGAAUUUUUUACUCAAUCUCCACCUUCAACUCCUUCUACAAGAAAGGUAAUUCUUAAAAAGUUACUAAAAGGGUAUACCCUUAAAAAGUAUACGAAAAGUAUACCCAUAUACUUUUGAUCUCUUUCUCACUUUUUUUAUUUUAAAAAAAUCUCAUCUGCAAGUCUGAAGUUUAAUAACACUGCUGGAAGAUGUUACACGCUACCUGCAUAAAGUAGAAUUUACAGAAAUGUCUAAAUUUAGUCACUGGUGAGCUGCUGGUAUUCUUGUGAAGAUACGCAGAACUAAUGACAGGCUUUCUUCUCAACUCCUAAGGCAGUGGCUAAAUCAUUUUCAAAACUUUGCUACAUCUGUAAGCAAAAAGAACCUGUGAAAAAGAACCUGUGAAAAACAGAAAAGGGCAUCUCCAGAGAGUAGGCUGGUUGGUAUGGGAGUAGGCAGUCUCUUUGGUAUCCUGGACUUGAGCUGCUUAGGGCGUUAAAGAUAAUUACCAAAAACUUUUGAGUUGCCCCUCAAAUCAAAUUGACAACCAGGGCAAUGAAACAGUGUAUCUUAGAUGAUUAUGAUUAUUAUAAAAUGUUUGGGCUUGUAUAUCAAAGUGGACAUAUUUGUGGCUAUAAUGGCUUCUUUUGUUACCUAAACAUGUGUUUGUGUUCAAAGUCUGGGUAGAACCACUGUUAGCCUACUAACAGGUUCUGUUUUUGCUGCUUUUAAAUUCCAUUGAAAAGAAUAACACUUGCUUCCAACUAGGAUCAGACUGUUGGCGUCUAAUGAGCUGCUGUUUUUUAUGCCAUAGUGUUAUCUAAAAGCAUAAAAAUGUGCCUUUUAUAUUUUAACUAUUUAGAAUUGCUUUUUGACUUUUUUUUUUAGAUUUAAAUAAGGGAGUGCAACUACUGUUUACUCAGGAGUAGACCCAUUGAAAAUGAUGUGCUUACUAACUUAGUCAUAUUAAUUGCAGUGGGUCUGUUUUGAGUAAACUGUAGUUGAAUAGCACCCUAUAUGUGCACCUGUGUGGAAAAUAAUGGAAUACAUGCUUUUGCCUUCCAACAAUUUCCCCUAUUUUACUUUAAAAGGGAAUUUAUUGGUAACAUUUGUGACUAGAAUUUUACUUUUUCUGUGCUAUUUUUCAAAAAACACAUAUAUCCCACCUUUUUUCAUUUUUAAACUUAGGCUACCAGCAAUGCAAACGACCCCUGGUCAAGCUGGGACAACACAACAGGUGGUGAUGGCUGGGCAGCAAAACCUGAAAAUAGGCAGAAAAACAGCGCUUCAAACAACUGGGAUGCAGCAGCAUUUGGUCAUCCACAGGCUUAUCAAGGUCCAGGUCAGCUGAGUGUUUCCAUAACCAUUGCUGAUUAUUGGGGUCUGGUAGGACUCCAGAUAAACAUAAUUCAGAAAGUAAAUAAUGAUAUUUGAUUUCAGAAUUCUGCUAAAACUACAUGGUAAACUUACUCAGAGACCAUCAGCAGAUUAUUGUUGUGUGUAAUAAUAAUAAUAAUAAGAAGAAGAAGCCAUUUUUAUUAGAUGUCUGUGUGGGUGUGUUGAUUGGGACUUCUUACGCUAUACCCUUAUCGCCAGAAUGCUCCAGAAUGCUGUUUAGUCUUGACAGCUAUUUGAAUGUUGCAUUAGGAUACUGUAGAACUGAAAGAUGCCAGUUAAUUAGAUGCACUGUUGUUCGCAUUAAGUGUGGUUUGGAUAUUAUGUAUGCAACUAGUAUUGUCUCUUCUUUAGCGGCUGCUGAUGACGAUGACUGGGAUGAUGAUUGGGAUGACCCAAAAUCAACGGCUGCACCCUAUCUUGGAUAUAAAGAGGCAGAGCCUUCAGACCCAGCAGGGCUUCAGCGUGGCAAUAGCCGUGGAGCUGCUAUGAAGCUACCACUUAACAAGUAAAAACUGCAGGACUGAAUAGGGUGGGGGUAGGGGAAAUAGAAAUUUAAAGAGGAAUUUAAAAUGGAAUAGUUGACUGUGUUCACAAGCUGUAGUGCAUUUUCCAUGUAAAGUUUACAAAUAAUAAACUUGUUUCAGUGGGAAAGGGUAACAAAAUCAGUAUUCAGCUAAAGAAAAUAGUAAAAAACAAAAACAAAACCUAUUUAUAAGUCCCAAACAAAACUUAUUUCCUCAAAUAAAACAUGCCCUUCAAUUGAGCUUUAUCAUCUCUUUUGUGUGGACUUGUUGGACCAAAAUGUUGGUGUCCCUUAGGUGGUUUUGAACAGCUGGAAUGAUUUGACAAUAUAGUUUAUUAGUUUUCACAUUUUCUGCAGUAAGUGGAUUUUAGUUAAGUGCUUUGUCUUGACAGGAUAGUUCUUGCUUACAGCCAGAGAUAUAAAUCCUUUGCACUCCUUUGCCCCGUGGGGCUUUUGUAUGCACCUCCACCCCCACUCUUCAGCAGCCUCCUUCUGCCCAGUUGUCCGGCUCUGCAAUUAGAUAUACAUUCUGGAUAUUCUGUUUGUCUGUCUGUCACUUUUAAAAAAGAAAGUUAGUAAUACAGUCAAGAGUGAGGGGGUUGAUUGGGAAAUGAGGAGAUGAAAUUCCUGCUAAGGACUGGGCCUUUUCAUGCACUUGAAAUGUUUCUGGAUUCUGAACUGCAGGAGAAUGUAACUGUCAGUUUAUCAAAUGACAGAAGAGAAUUCAAGAGACCUCUCAUAUGGUGUUAUAGUGACAGUUGGUACUAACAGUUCCUUCACCGUUUGUUCUGAUUGGCUGAAUUCAGCCACUCAGCAAUGACUUAAUUGUAGGUGCAUAUUUAUUUACUCUUAAUGCAGUUGUUUCCCAGUCUGUAACUAACUAGAUCAUUUCAGCACCAUUGUUUUAGUAACAGACGCAUUUACCUUCUUGGAUACACCAAAUGUCUAUAAAAUAUGGCAAGCAGUUCUGAAUCUGCCAAAGAGCCUGUGAAAGAAGGAUUCACUCACUUAAUUUCUCUGAUCAGAUUUCCUGGAUUUGCAAAACCUGGAGUGGAGCAGUAUCUCUUGUCAAAGCAGCUAGCAAAACCCAAAGAGAAAAUUCCUAUAAUUGUAAGUUUAAAAUAUUGUGUGUGUGUGUGUGUGUGUGUGUGUGUGUGUGUUGUAUUCAUAUCUAUCUUUGGCAACUGCCUGUGGCAUUAGUGUGUAAACAUAUACAUACUCACUUUUAGCCAAAGCAGUAUGUACUUAGGAAAGUGCUUCUUGAAUGAAAAGCCUGUCUGGCCUUGAACAUGCUGAGUAUGUUGCAUACUUCCAUGGGAACUGUGAAGCCUCAAGGGCACUCUUACAGAAAUUAAGCAUGUAAUUCACAGGGACCAGGAUUCAAGUCUUUGUUCAUCACCCUACAGCACAAUAACGCCACUAUAACUUUUUGAGCAAUUUUCUUCCUAGGCAGCUAUUUGUGCUGAGUAGUUGAAAUGGUAUACUAUCAUUGAGAGAUCCUAAAAUGCUGUUUGCAAAAGGUGCUUUGGGCACCUGCUUCAAACUGGCAUCCAGGUAUAAAGUUCUGUGUGGCCCAUUUCUGUAUUAUGCCUGAUAAUGCAGCUUGCUAAGCCUCUGGAUUGCUUAUUGUAGUAAUUACUUUCAGGUAUAGAAUGGAUGCAUCUUUGGUUCUACAUGUAGGUUUAGUGUGCAUUAAAUGCAAUUGCAUAUUUUAGAUUUGUGUAGCAUGCCUGGAGUUAAUAAAUACUUUUGUUGUUCUGUAGAUUGGAGAUUAUGGGCCAAUGUGGGUGUAUCCUACCUCUACAUUUGACUGUGUUGUGGCUGAUCCAAAAAAAGGUUCUAAAAUGUAUGGUUUGAAGAGCUACAUCGAAUAUCAGCUUACGUGUACAGUAAGUGCGUACCAGAGAAGUUUCUUUAGGUGACAUCUCAAAAUGUCCCAAUUCUUUUGAUCGUUUAUCUAUGAUUUACAUCAUACAGUUAAAUAACCCUGACUUAUACAGACAUAGUAGUAAAUAUAUUUUGGAAGUCAUAAGCAAGAGUGUUUUGUCUGCCUAUCUUACAGAACACUAAUCGAGCUGUCAACCACAGAUACAAGCACUUCGACUGGUUAUAUGAACGUCUCUUGAUUAAGUUUGGAUCAGCCAUUCCAAUUCCAUCUCUUCCAGACAAGCAAGUGACAGGUAACCUUCUCUAAAUUGAUGGUUCUUGAAACAGGAAGUUUAUGAUUAGCUUAGUUGUUUUUCUGAAAGAUGAUAUUAAUGCAAGAGGGUCACUCUGAAAAUGAGGACUUCUCAGCGUAAAACUGACUAUCCCCUUAAAUUUCAUAAGAACAGUGGAGGAAUAAAAAUGUAGAGCGGCUACAAAGUGGUUGAGAACAGAGUAUGCUGUUGCUGGUUUGUUUAAGAGCCUGCACUAGUCUUUUUUUAAUCUGCCUCCUAAUGCUACACUUCCUGAAAAAAGUAGAUGUUAAUAUUUUGUUUAUACUGCCUUGAUAGAGUUGAGGCUUUGUCUUUCCAUUCAUUAUGUGCUUGAUUGGGCUAUUCUGAAACCAAAGGAGUGUUGGAAUGUGGUCCAGUUUUUAUAAAAUAUAAGAUUAAAGUAAUUCAGCAUGUGAUGUCCAAGGAUUAUGCUGUGGAAAUCAUAGGCCUUCUUGCAGUGGGGCAACUAAGCUUACCACUUCUGUUCUGAUUAAUUGGCAUUUCUUUCCAUUUGACUCUCUGUACCCCUGAAGUAUGAUCUUUUAAACAGAUAUCUUAAAGUCAGCCAAUAAAAAAGAAUCUGAUGUGCAACCUGCUCUAUAGCUCUGUGUAAUGCUGGAAAUGCAAACAGCAUACUGCGUGAGAAGGAAAUUGAGCAUUGAUGUGUGUACUACGAUGCAUGCCAAGGAAGUGGAAAACUAAGGAAGUGAUUUACUUUUUCCUUAACUAGAACUUCAAGCAUAGAAUUCCAGCAGUUUUUUCCUGAAGUGCACACAUGAGCUUGAAAGAAAGCCAUAGCAGACUAGCACAUUGGGAAUCACUGAUUAAGAUUUAGAGAAUUUUUUCUCCAUUAUUUUGAGUAUUGUGAGAUUGAAAGAAACUUUAUUUUCCAAUCAGUGUUUAUUCUCCUCUAACCUUGUUAAAUGGUAAUAUAGAAAAAUUGUAUGCUUCUUGCUAUUUUCUUUGGUAAAUGCACUGGGGUUUUUUUGUUAUUUUUUUAAAGUAUGUUUGCAGUGUUAAUGUCGACAAUUAGCAUAUGCAAAAUAAAUGAGAGACUUAGCACUGCCUUAUAUUUUAUUGUGGCGUUUCUCGCAUUUAUCUAUUGCUUUGCAGCCCAAAGCAAUAAAAACAAUUAAAAUAGAAUGCAUGCACAGAAACACUUCAUUUUUCCUUGAUGUCUAGGUAAACGUUGGAUCCAGUAGAUUUAAUCUGAACUUUGAAAAGCACAUAAAACUGAAAGAGAAAGUAGGAAACAGUGUUGCUCUUCCAAAUUUGUCCUUUAGCUGUAUGUACUUUUUAAAGGAAGGAAAAAGUUGCCACGCCUCAAUUUAUGACUAGGGGGCAGGCUGUGGUGGGGAGCCUUCAGGCUUCAUGAGCACUAGGAGAAGACUUCAAGGGCACCAUUGUACCUAUGGGCACAAUGUUACUAGCUUCCAGCAUCUUGUCAAGGACUCCACUGCCUCCACUGUGACUUAAAGAGAAAAUUAAGAGUGAAUUUAUAGCAUGCUGCUGGGUGUGGAUGAUUUAAAUAGAACUCUUACCCUUCCAAGGGUCAGUAACUGCUGGGAUUGCAAAUGGCACACAAGUUGCAAUUACCACUGCUAUUCUUUUAUUUUCUUUGUCAUUGACCAUAGCUUUUCUUUCCCUAACCUUCCAUACUUACCACUUUCUAAAACAAGCAACCUAACAAUUCACCACCGUUAUUCAAAGGGAGAUUAAGUGUACCUAAGCCAAGUGGAUUAUCUGUUUUAAAUUGAAGUACAUCUUAAGUCUCACAGGCAGGUGUGUGUGUUAUAAUAAAUUGAAACAUUGCAUAGAAUCUGUAAGCUGACUAACUUGCAGUUUACGCAAAACCAAAGAAUUAACUAUAUUCAGCUUUGUAUAGGGUCCUUGAGAUCUGGUGGUGAUGUCCUCUUAACAGUCUCACAUAGCAUGCAAUAUGUGGUCGUGUAUAAGAGGGCAGUCUUGAUCAUCACACCCAGGUUGUGAAAUGUCCCCCCCCCAAUAUACCAUAUUUUUUCGUGUAUAAGACUAGGUUUUUUACCUUAAAUAUAAUGUCAAAAAUUAGGGGGCGUCUUAUACACGGAUACAUCUCCCAUUUUCUUAAAUCUGAGUCCUCCCAAAAUAGUUGGUGCCAACCCUGUUGUGUUACAGACACCUUUUGAAGAUCCUAUUUAUUUCCCUAGCCAUUUGACUGAGCUAUUUUCCUCCCUUGUUGAAUUUCAUGUGACUUGGAUGUUUGCUGCUUGUUUUAGAUUAUAUUGUACCCUGCUCUGGGAUUUUUAGUGAAGGGCUGGCUAAAAGGCUUCAAAUAAGUAAAUAAGCUAAAAAUUGCUUGUCUUAUUGGAGGGGGAGGAGGAUAGAUGGCAUUAAGUGUGAAUGUCAGUAUCUGUUACUAAUUGGCCUGCAGGGCGUUUCGAGGAAGAAUUCAUCAAAAUGAGGAUGGAGAGGCUACAGGCAUGGAUGACCAGGAUGUGUCGUCAUCCAGUUGUUUCAGAAAGUGAAGUUUUUCAGCAGUUCCUUAGUUUCCGUGAUGAAAAGGUAUUACUUUCCAUUGUUUUUAAUUGCUUUGAGAGAAAUCUUUCUAGACAGUGCCAUUAGAUAUACAUCUCCAAAAGCAGUAGCGAGUAGUCCCUGGUUUAACAUUUAUUUCAUAAAAUUUAUAUACAGCUUGAUUGUGAGAAAGGGGAUGACGCCUAUGCACCUUUUGGUGCAUAGUUUAAAAGGGGAUAAAAUGGAAUACUGUUAUUUUUAGAAAACCAUUUUCCCAAAGGCAGGUGGGAAUAUGGCUUUUUGUAGAAGCACCUCGCUUAUGAACACUAACAUUUUUCAAGCAGCAAUUUGGUAAAGUUGUUACCUAACUUAGCUUAAGUCUAAAGUACUGGUCGAUAGAGAGUGCUAAGCAAUAUUAUAUAUGUAUGACUAAAACAACAAAUUAACAUGGUUUCCCUUCUGGAAGAUGUACGAGUAAGUUUGGGCAAGAUAUUUUUCCAGGCCAGGUUAUAAUGCAAAGAGCCCCUUUAUGUGCAUGGUCAGGGCUUAAGCUGUUGCUGCAGUUAUUUGGAUCAUUCUUGUUUUAUUUAUUUCAGAGGAUUUUUAUACCUCUUGAUUGUAAUAAAACCUCAAAGCGGUUUAUGAAAAGCAUAAAACAAUAAAAUUACCCCCAAAAAAGUUUUAAACAACUUUUUAAAACAUAAAAAGUUAAAAUAAUAAGCUAAAAACCAGAGUAAAACACAUGCCAACAUUCUACACAUCCGGAUAGGCUUGCAUAAACAAAAAUAUUCUUGGCAGGUGCCGAAAAGAGUACAGUGAAAGAGGCCUACCUUACAUCAAUAGGCAGGGAAUUCCAAAGUGUGGAUACUGCCACACUAAAUGAUUGAUUUCUUACAAACGUGAAGCAAGAGUUAUGUGGCAUCUGUAACAGUGCCAGUUUUGCAGGUCAAAGUGGUCGAGUAGGUAUGUAUGAAGUUAGGCAAUCUCACUAGUAAAUGACCUCAGGCUGUUAAAAGUUUCAUAUAUUUAUAGGAACACCUUGAAGUUGGCCCGGCAGUAAAUCUGCAACCAGUGCAGAUCUCUGUGCAGGGAUGUUCUAUGCUGGCAGAGUCUCACUCCUCUCGGCGAUCAUGCUGUGGCAUUCUGCACUAACUGCAGCUUUCAGAUCAAGCACAAGUGAAGCCUCACAUAAAGCACAUUGCAGUAAUCCAGUGCUGAAGUGACCAGUGAAUGAGCUACACUCAGCUUUCAAAUAGCUACAUUAAAAAUUCAGUGUGAAACUUCCCCAAGAUUAAAAAGAUAUUUUUGCAGAAAGGAGCUUUCUGAAAAAGAAGCUGAAGAAUAAUAGAUGUUAAGUCACAUAUGUGGCUGUCUGGAUCACGGCUUCUUUUAUGCUUGAUUAUUGUUUUUCUUACCAGUUUUGAAUUGAGGACUUGGGGAAUCUGAAGAUCUAUGGCAGGCCCCUGCCCUGCUCAAGAAACGUAUGGGAGCAGGCCAAAGACCCUAUGUGAUUGAGACUGUUCAAGAUGUCACUGCAAGAGUGUGUUGUCUCACAUUACCACACUUGUUCUUUUCCCUAGGAAUGGAAAACCGGUAAAAGGAAGGCAGAAAAAGAUGAGGUUGUGGGUGUUAUGGUCUUUUCUACUAUGGAACCAGAAGCACCCGACUUGGAUUUGUUAGAAAUGUAAGGUGUUGGAUUCUUCCUUUUCAUGUCUUAUUUCAAAAUUGCUGUUGCCUGCUUUUAAAAAAUUGUGCACUUGUUUUUAAAGCAUAUUUAAUCUAAAAUGUAGUUUUCACUUUGCAAAAGGGAUGUAAACUGUGCUGAGGGCAUGUGGCCUAGUCAGUAUGCAAAAAGGAAAAAAAAUCCAGAUAAAAAAUGUUCACAGUAGAAAAUGAAAAAAACACUGUAUAAUUCAGUUCUUUAUUAUACAGUGAACAGAAAUGUGAUACAGUUGGGAAGUUCACUAAAGCCAUGGAUGAUGGAGUUAAGGAGUUGUUGACAGUGGGCCACGAACACUGGAAACGCUGUACAGGACGUAAGUGUUGGAAUAUAUUUAACACAAUGAAAUUUGUCAUUUCUUGACUAAUUUUUUAAUGUGUAUACAAUGUGUUUAUACAAUGUGUAACAGGACUUACUUUGGCAAAAGACUAGAACUACUAGUGCAGUGUUCAUGAAAUGAAUGAAUCAAUUGCAUAUAAAAUAUGCAAUCCACAAAAGUGACUGUGCUUGCCUCAUAAACACUUGAAAGCUCUGGUUCUGACAGACGUUGCUUUUGGAAGUUGCCCCACAGCUUAUGCAUUCUUAUUUUUUAAUCAUGCUUCUUCUUUUUUUAAGAUGUUUGAAUAAGUUCUCAAGAUCUGGAAUGGGUGUGGGUGUGGGUGGGUGUUCUGGGUUUAAAGAGCUCUUACAGAAUGUUUUUUUCUCCUUCACAUGAUUUUGCAAUGAGCAUGUGUUUAUCUACUGUAGGCAACUUUAUUUACAGAAUACUUGGCGAACAAAAUGAAUUUUCAAAGCUAGUAAAUGUUUUAGAUCUUGGUGUUUUGAAAGCAUAAACGAGCUUGCCAGAAAAGAUCACAGCAGAAUAAACAGAGUCAUCCAACUUGGUAUAGCUGGAUUAAUGCCAAUUUUCCAAGAUCCACCUUUUGAAUGAAUUUGGAAAUGAACUAUUGUUCAUAUUACUGGUAUGGUUGUGUAGUGUGACAGUUUGCAUACAUGAUUCAUUAGCCAUUUGUAGUAUGUUUUUUAAAAGGCACAAUUUCUCUAGAAAAGCAUUUCUGUGUGAAAGACUCAGACUACUUAACUGAUCUGCACCAAGCUGCCAUUUGAAAAGUAAAUACACCACAGAACUGUUUAAUGUAGCCCCAUACACCUUGGACUUCAGAAAUGAGUUUCCCAUUAGAUCUUGAGGUCACAGGGGACACUGCAAGCUUGGGCCAAGCAGCUGAAGCACUUGUAUACCCACUGAUCAAAGUAAAUGAACUAAUGGCACCAAGAGGGUAGUGCAAGUACUAGUAAUCAAGCCAGUGGAUGUGAAAUACAGUGGUACCUCGGGUUACAGACGCUUCAGGUCACAGACUCUGCUAACCCAGAAAUAGUACCUCGGGUUAAGAACUUUGCUUCAGGAUGAGAACAGAAAUCGCGCGGCAGUGGGAGGCCCCAUUAGCUAAAGUACCUCAGGUUAAGAACAGGUUCAGGUUAAGAACGGACCUCCAAAACAAACCAAGUUCUUAACCCAAGGUACCACUGUAAAUGUGAGGAGAGAGGUGGAGAAUACAGGGACUAUCAGAAAGAACUUUGGCUGCCUGCCAUACUGGUGUUUAUUUAGGUCAGGGGUCGGCAACCUAAGGUCCAUGGGCCAGUAGUGGCCCACAAGGCUUGUCUAACCAGCCCAUAGUGACCCCUGCCGCCCCCCACUCUUACCGGCACGGUGCAGGGACCGACUUCCGGGUUGAUGGUGCCUGUGUGCAUGCGCACGGGUGCUGCUCCAACCCGGAUGUGCACCGGAAAUAGCAUGUGCACAUGCGUAUGGGAUGGAGAAGCGCCCGUGCACAUGCACACACACUAAUUCUGGCGCACUUCCAGGUCGGAAGAGCGCCAGAAAUAGCGCCUGUGCAUGGGCGCUCCUCCGACCCGGAAGAGCGCACGGGCGCACACGCUCCAGCCCAUCCUCUGACAGAUGGAGCGUCGACCAGCCCAUCCUCUGAUAAGAUUGCCCACCUCUGAUUUAGGUAGUGUUUUGUAGUCAGUUAUUUGCUGAGUUGGCUCCUGCAUAAUGCUACAUGCACGAAUCUCAGCAAGCCCAAGUGAAGCACUGAGCUUGUGCACUCAUCCUUCCCCUUGUCUCCUCCUGUUUGUGCCAGGAAUGAUGGAUUAAAGCAAACAAAUGGUUUCAUAAACAAGCCAGCUUCAAGUAAAGCUGACUGGUUUAACAAACUAUUGCCAGUAAAUCAGGAUCUAUGAUACAUGCGUAAUGCUAAGUCAAGCUUCUUUGAAACAAAGUAAUCUCAGCAGAAGUCCUCCUCUUUGCCGCAUGGGAGGUGGUGGCAGGGCGAGCCCCCCACGGGGUGCCUUCUUGUCACCCCCUCAAAGAUGGCACCCGGGGCGCCCUGUCCCCCCUUUGCUCCGCCCCGAUGGGAGGAUGGGGAGGGGAGUUGUAUGAGAUGCAUACUGUACUUCACUUGGGCUCAUUGAAGCUCAUCUACGUAACCCUGCAUAGCCACUAAACACUAGCAGUGCUUUUAAACAAGCUCAUUGCAUUUUUCUGGCUUUACCAGAUUAUAUCUUAACGUUAAAUCCUUUUUUUUCUUUCAGCAUUGCCCAAGGAAUACCAGAAAAUAGGAAAAGCUUUACAGGGUUUAGCAGUGGUUUUCCAUAGCAGUGGUUAUCAAGGUAUUUCAUUCUAGCUCUGUUUUGAUUUGUCUUUCAAAGCAACUUCACCUGUUUCUAGUAUUUGGGCUGCAUUAAUUGGAUGAGCUCGGAAUAAAUAUUUUGGGUUUUUACUGGACUAAACUUCCUUCAAACAUCAGGUAAGCUGAACAUAUGAAAAGAGCCCUGCUGGAUCAGGCGAAAGACUUACAUAGUCCUGCCACUGUUCUCUUAGUGGCUACCAAGAUGCUUAUGAGUCCUUCCCUGUCAUGCUCCGAUUUAUAAGGAUUAGAUAUUGAGGUUAAAUAUUUGUUUUAAGCAAAGGCAUCAAUACUAGAAAUACGAUUUAUUAAUAUAAUCUCUGUUUGGAGAGUUAUAUUGAUAGUGAUUUCUUAAAAGAUCAAAAUAUUAUGGUUAACUGUUGUAACCUCCCUUCUAGUAAGACUUUUACACAGGACAGCCUCUCAGACCAACUCAAUCACUGGCACCCUUCUGAUUUUUUUGCCAGACAUGUAUUAAGCACACAUUGUGUAUUGAUACUCAGGCCUUUUCCACACACCUGCCUCAGCUGUUUGCUUCUCAUCCAACUCCUCAACAGCCUUUCCCUAACUGAUAGCUAACUCCCAACUGUCUGGAACAUCCAGUUAAUUGUUGUGACCCAGAGCAAUCAGACUAAAAUUAUGUGAUCCAGGCCCUGUAUAAUGAAAUCUUAAAGCAGCUAUCUCUCUCCUCUCUCCAAUAUCAGCUCUGCAGGCUUUGAACUCUGUUGCAGAGGUCACAGAACAUGUUUUCAUUCCAAACAUAAACACGUUUACAGCAUUUCUCUGCAACAGUAAACAAAGAAUAGGUGAAUUAGACUACAUGAAAGCCCUGCUGUUUUGCCCUAAAACUUAAUGUGCCAAACUAAACCCCAGCCUUGUGUUGAUGUGUUCAGCAGAAACAUUUGAACAUGUGUGGCUAGGGAAGGAUAUGAAAAAUAUAAAGAUGCUAUCAUUUAAUUUUGUCAUCUUAGUCCUGAAUAGUUUGCCAGUUUCAAAUUUAUAAUUACUGGUAUAAUUAAAGGCGGUUUUUUUCCCUCAUGGAUUGGUUUAUUCUUCGCAUUUGAAGUAAGUCUUAAGUAAGAUUUUUAUAUUAAGUAUUGAUUUACUUCCACAAAUACUUAUAAACCUUCUACUAUAGGAAUCACUGCAUGUACCAACAAACACUUAUUUUAAAAUGUAGAUGUUUCUACAUGUCCCAUUUUUGUUUGUUUCAGCGACUCAUUUUGACGUACUUGAAAACCUCUAUGUCUCAUUUGUUUUUAGGAGAGUCUGACCUCCAUGAAGCAAUAACAGAAGCAGGAAAAACAUAUGAAGAAAUUGCCAGUCUUGUAGCAGAACAGGUAUGUCAUACUACUACAUUGUGGGGGGAAGUCCAUGGGUGAGUUCAAAUGGAGCAGGUGUUUGCUUACAUGGUGAGCCACCUUCUUCUGGAGCUGGUUGGGGAGAAGAGAAACAAGAGGUCAUGUUGUACAAGUGGGCAAAGCUCAUUGGAUGGCUGUCUCCCUAGGAAUGCAUAGCAUACUUUGAGUGAUUACAAAGGUGCUAAGAAUUUAGCAAGAGUCGGUGAUUAUAAAACACUUUGAGGUUCCCCCCCUUACAAUCAUGCAGUAUAUAAAUUUUAUGAAAUAAAUAAAAUCUACCACCAUAGUCAUGGUAUGCAGAAGCCUGCUUCUGUAUCAGUAAAUGAAUGGGAAAAUUUGUGUGUAACUGGGAGCUGGGCAUGCAACUCCUAACCUGCUAGCUCUAUAAAGUGCAGGGGGCAGCGGCUAGAUUCAGCCACACCAACACAUGAUUUUCAGGAUAUGUGCCUCUUUUUAAAGGGCAAUGGGCAAAAAAACCCCUGAAAUCUUACACCCCCUGUUUUAUUAAAGCCUAUUUGUACAAAGAUUGGGUAAAAUACAGUGAUUUAUGUUCACUGAUUUUAUAUUUGAAUUUGCUAUCUUUUUUUAAAGUAACAAUUUCUUACAUGUCUCUAUUUGCAAUUUGUAGGUGAGCUGCCAUUUUUCAGCACUCAAAAUUUCAUGAUCCCCUCCCCAUUGGUAGUCUUCUAAUUUUCAGUUUAGAUGUGGAGUUUGUAUGACCUAUUGUUACGGAGUCAAUAACUGGAUUUCCCCCCUCUUUAUCAGCCAAAGCAGGAUCUUCAUUUUCUAAUGGAAACCAAUCAUGAAUACAAAGGAUUUCUUGGUUGCUUCCCAGAUAUCAUAGGUGCUCACAAGGUAAGGAGCCUUUUUCACCAUGACUUUUAAAGAGGUGGGAGCUACUUAUCAUAGUGUAAGUUAUGCAGACUCUCGGCCUCUUCAGGAAAGGAAAAGGGGUCUUGCUACUACCUGCUAAGUUUUGGGAUGUGUGUAUUUUAGUUGGUUUUUGUAUUUGAUUGGUUGCUGAAGUGGAUGGAAGUAUUUUUCCUGCUUGUUUUUAGGGUGAAGGGGUGUUCUGUCUGCCCUUUUUUGCAUUGUUUGGGGAAUUGCUUUACACCUUGGAGGUUUGGCAUUUGAUGUUUGCUUUUUUUGGUAGGAUGUAUGUGUUUUGUCUGCAGGGUGCUUUUUUGUGGGGGGGGGGCAGUCCUGAGCACCACUAGUUUUUCUACUGGGAUAUGGGUAUUUUGUGUUGCCCACAGCAAGUUCUUGGAUUUCCAGAUGUGCCUGCAGGCCAAGAAAGGUUGGGGGUUCUUGUCCUAGGGUAUUUGGAGAAGGGCUAUAGCUCAGUGGCAGAGCAUCUGCCUUGCAGGCAAAAUGGCUCAGCUUCAGUCCCCAGGUGGGGCUGAGAAAGAUUAUUUUCUGAAAUACUGGGGAACCACUGCCACUGAGUUUCAACACCACUGAGCUAGAUGGUCCAGUGGUCCAGCUCAUAACAAGGCAGCUUCCUGUGAAGACCAAGAUUAGAAAGCCUGCAUAGAGUAUGGUGCACACUGUAUAGUUCUCACACUUGAGGAAACCCAAAAUAGUCUCUGUGGUUUAUAAAGUGUGAUGGAAGCUGAGAGCUUCAGUCACUAUUUUGAGAGGACUUUCAGGAGCACUUUUCUGUGGAAGAAACUAUUAGGCAGCAACUCAGCAUAGCAUUAUGGAAAUAGCUCCAUCAGUGCAAGCAUUUCACCUUGCCGGAUGAAACAAUCCUCCCUCUCCUCCGCCUGCAUAUGCUGUUCUAGGGGUUUUCCUGACCACCCAAAGAGCCAGUUGAGAGGUUGGCAAGCUGAGAAAAUGCUGUUGAGCUAGCACAAGUCCUUAAUUGAAUCUAGCCUUAAGACAUUAAAUAUCCACAUAGGCAACCUCUAAUUUCGGUUGAUUAUCUGCCCCACAAAACCCAGGCAUUUUAUUCAAAGUCAGGCUGAUUACGACAAGUUAGGUGUUAACAGUGUUGUAGCUGUGUUGUAGCUGUGUUUACCCUUUGUGACUGCCCCCUCCAGGAUACAUGAAAAUGGCUAAGCAUCUUUUGUGGCUAUGCUUUAAUGUAUUUUAGUAGCUUAAAUUUAAACUUAAUUUUGAAACUACUGAUGGCAGAUUCAUAGUCAUCUGAUGAUGACCUGAAACUACUGCCCACUGCCUUUCCCAAGCCAGUUUUGCAACAGCGCUGCUUGCUGUGCAGAGGAUUGCAGUUCUGCAUGCAUAAAUAGCAGCACAAAACUAGUGUGCAUUGCAGCUUGGUUUUAUAGUUCCCAUAGCAUGCCCCAUGAUUGUGUGAAUUGGUUUGGAGGAAGAUUAAGUAUGUGGUGGUUGAUCCUAGCAUACAACACUCCUCCUUCCAGGCUUUGUAAAUUUUUGAGGGAGGGGAGGGAGUCUUAGGAAAUAGAAUGAACGCAGAUACAACACAGGCAAAUGAAACUAAUUAAUUUAAUUUGAGAUGCUUUUCCGUUGAUGCUUUAUGUGAUGUUUUGUCUUAACAGGGAGCAAUAGAAAAAGUGAAGGAAAGUGAUAAAUUAGUUGCUACCAGCAAAAUCACCCCACAGGAUAAGCAAAACAUGCUGAAGCGUGUAAGCACCAUGUCAUAUGCACUACAAGGUAAAAUGUACUUUACAUUUAAAUGACAUGGUUUCCCCUGUUAAUUGGGAAUGGGGAUAGAAGGGGAUUGGUGAAAGGGAAUUUUAAGAAUAAUUUUAGUCACAUUACAAAUACGUGAUGUUUAUAUGGUUUGGGGUGCAGGGAGCGAAGAGGUUUUCCCCACCUGUCUGAAUUAAUUGGUGUUCCCUCCGUCUCUCUGUGUGUGUGUGUAGUCAGAAAGGAAUCCCUUUCACUUGCUUUCUGGAACAGUAGCAGUAUUCGUCUACUGUAUUAAAUGAAGACUUCUCUAUGCUUAUGUAAGAACAGCAGUGUCAAACAACAUAAGGCAGGCUUCGGGGUUGACCUGCAUAUGAUUGGGGAGUGUAAUCUGUGGUGACAUUGGGUGAGAUACUCAGUCUUUAUUCUUGAUUAGUUAAGACAAAAUACUUCAGUCUCAAAUCAGCCUUUCAUUGGCUCUGCCAGUUGGGUGGGGUAUAAAUAAUAAAAUUGUUUUUAGUUGUUGCUGCUGCUGCUGCUGCUGCCAUGCCUUCAACAGAAAAAUGGUUUCCUACCCCUCCACUACCAUAAAGUGCAAAUCUGGCAUUUUGCUUGGAUUCCUAAAUGAGUAAAAUUUAUUCCUUUUUGGAGUCAGACUUCAAUAUGUGCUCUGGUUUUGAUUUUACAGCUGAAAUGAAUCACUUCCACAGUAACCGAAUUUAUGAUUACAAUAGUGUGAUGCGCUUGUAUCUGGAGCAACAGGCACAGUUCUAUGAAACAGUAAGUUGCAAUGUGUCUUGAACUCUCUCUGUCUGCACUUGCUUAUUCUUCCAAAAUUUCAUAUUUUUUCAUAAAAAUUAUACAAACCACUUGAUUGUAAAAAAACAACCUUCCAUGGACUGUUUCAAGUGCAUUUGUGCUCAAAUACUCAUCAUGUGCUUGAAAUUGUUGACUUGAACUAUGGUUAGUUCAGAAACACUUCAUGUGGUGAACAAAUUUAUUUUUAAAAUACAGGUUUAUGAAGUAAUAGUUCUUUCAUCCCCUCAUUGGAAAAUGCUACUUGGCACUGCCAAUUCUUCCUCUACCACAUACUUCGCAUGACAAGACUAUGCAGCUGCUGCUUGCUUUUUGGCUGGGAUUCACAAUGAAUUGCAUUUGGCAGUUCAUUAGCAAUUCUUUUCAUUCCUUUCAGAGAAGGGAUAAUGAUUAAGCUGUAUGCAGUUAUUCCGCUUAAUUCUCUCUAAUUUCAUCCCUUUUAUACCUUGGAAAGUGAACACGUGUAGUGUUAGCCUACUGUCGGGGGGGCGGGUGGCAGCUUCUCUUUUCCUCCUAAUAGUGACUCCAGCAUUUAUUUAUGUAUUUGUACUGCCCUUCACCAAACGGUCCCAGGGCAAGUCACAAAGACGUUACAGUUAAAACAAGUACAGUGUAUGUUAAAAUCAUAAAACAAAACUACAAAACAAACAAUAACCAAGUAAUAAAGCAUCAGCACCAAACAGCAGUACAUAGCAAAGCAGGAGGAGCGACGACCCUUACUCACCCAAAGGCCUGGGUAAGAGGUGCAUCAUCACCAGUCGCCAAAGCAUCCAGUGGAUGCACAAAGAGGGAAGGUCAUUCUACAACCAGGGUCCGCCACACAGAAAGCUGUCCCUUGACCACAGAGAUGGCAGCUCCUCUAACAGGACAUCUCCUGUUUAUCUUAAUAUCCUGGUAGGUCAAUGUGGAAGGAGCUGCUGCUUCAGAUAUUUGGGACAAGAGCUGUUUACAGCAGCAGCAUUAUUAUUAUUAUUAUUAUUAUUAUUAUUAUUAUUAUUAUUUAUUGGUGACACUGUGGUCUAAACCACUGAUCCUCACUGAUCAGAAGGUUGGCAGUUCGAAUCUGUGUGAUGGGGUGAGCUCCUGUUGCUCUAUCCCAGCUUCUGACACCCUAGCAGUUUGAAAGCACACCAGUGCAAGUAGAUAAAUUGGUACUGCUGUGGCUGAAAAGUAAAUGGUGUUUCCAUGCACUCUGGCUUCUGUCACAGUGUUCCAUUGUGCCAAGUAGCGGUUUAGGCAUGCUGUCCACAUGAUCCAGAAAGCUGUCUGUGGCCUGAAGCAAGAUGAGUGCCACACCCCAUGGUCGCCUUUGACUGGACUUUACCUUUACCUUUUACCUAGAAUUACAAAAACAAAUAGUAAAAACUACAGAAAAAAAUCCCAAAGUGUACUCACACACACACAGAGUGUGCUUUUUUCUGAGGGAAUGCCGGGGUAUGCAUACCCCUAAACAUUUUGUGAGUCUACGUUUGGCCUCAUUGAGGGGAAGUAUUUCAAUAUGAGUAGGAAAAUGAGAGUAGGAAAAUGAGAGUAUAAAAUAUUUUUUAUAGAAAAAAGCAGUGUGUGUGUGUGUGUGUGUUACAACCGUUCCCACCCAACCCCACUCCCCAAAAAGAUAAGCAGAAAAUUACAAUCCCAAAGCCUGAGUAGAUGUUUUUACCUGGUGUCUAAAAAAGAUAGUGAUGGUGCUAGGCAUGCCUCCCUGGGGAGAGCUUUCAAUGAACAGGAAGCUUAACCCCUGAAAUUGGGCUCUCCAGCUAGUUGGAAACUAUUGUUGUACAUGUCCAGCCAGAGACAUCCACCAGCAGCCGCUCAGCUGCAUUCUGCACUAGUUACAACUUCAAAACCAUGUUCAAUGGCAGCUCUAUAAAGAGUGCAUUGCAGCAGUCCAAUCUGGAAGUUACCAGAGGCCGGCUCACUAUUAUCAAGCUAGCCCUGGCCAGGUAGGGCCAGAGCUGGCAAACCAGCCAUAAGUGGAAAUAGACACUACUAGCCACUGACUCUACCUGGGCCUCAAGUGACAAUGAUGAAUCAAUGUGUACAAGCCUGUUCCUACCAGGGAAAUGCGAAUCAAUCAAAGCUUCAAAAAUGUGUGUGUGCAUAUAACUUGAAAGAUGGAAGUUAAUGUUUCUAACCACACAAGUAGGUCUAAUCACCAGACAUUGUUGCCACUGGAAAACUCUGAUACCUGUCUGGAAAGAAUCGCCAUUUUAGGUAACACAAGACAACUGUUCAUACUUUCUCCUUUGGGACUACUCAGUAAGCAGAUUUAAUUAUUUGGUAACUUGCCUUUUUAAAAAAGUCAUCUAUAUUUUUAUUCAUGAUACAGCAACCUUUAAGAGUGCUAGAAUAUGCUUCAAAUGGACAAAUGUUUGAGCUGUCAAAGAUAUCAGGUUUCUUGAACAGCAUGCAGAAUAAAUUAUUAUAGUAGGUCUAUACAGUUUGUUUACCUUUUCUAUGUUAAUGGAAUGAAUUGCUUUAAAUGUUCUCAUAAGUUCUUUGAGAUAAGGUUUAUUUUAUUUAUUAUAAUUUAUAUAACAGCUGUAAAAACAACCACCUCCAAGCGGUUUGCAAAAACAAACAAACCUGAAUAAUUCUGAAUAUAUAGGGUUAUCUCGCUUUUCAUGUGCCAUAUUUGUUUGUCUAUUUCAGAUUGCACAAAAGCUGAGGCAGGCUCUCAGUCGCUUUCCAAUGAUGUAGAUACAGAGACAGAUAAUGAAGAACUCCAAAGUGCUUUUCUGAUUUUUGGUGGGGCAGUGCAAAUAAGUUAAGUCUUCGCCAUCCAAAAAGCCUUUUUUUAAAGAAAUAAAAUGCAAAAGAAAGUGAAAACUUCAGGAGUUUACUUUGUUAACCUAAAUGCCUUGGAUAUUUAUGUAUAUUUUUAUCCUAUAUGCUUUCCCCUCCUACCCACUAUCUUAGUAGAACUGGAAAAUGCCCUAUAUUAGGGAAGGGUAAUCUAUGGCUCUCCAGUUGGAGCUAGCUCCCAUCCUCAAUUGACCAUUGCCUUGGUUCCAGGGCUGUGGGAGUUGGAAUUCAAUUACAUCUGGAGGGCCAUGGGCUCCCCUACUCUGCUCUAUGAUAGGGCUUCAAAUUGCCAAAUGGUUUGUUGCCAAGGGUUACAUACUCUAUAAGAGUAUUCUGUGUCACCUGAUUAGAUUUUUUAAAAUACUUUAUCCUGAUUGCUGAAAUGCUUUCUAGCAUAUACUUUUUUUGUUACGAGCCUGCUGUUGAAAGCAGUUUAGCUUCCCUCUCCUGUAGCAAUGGUAUACAAAAUCUGAAAUAAAGUUGCUGACGCAUAUGAGAAUCUUUUAAUAUCCUGUCCUUGAACCACAGAUGCCUCAAAACAUGAGGGCUAGAUUAUUUUUUUCUUCCUAUAUGAGAAAAAAAAAAGAGCUGAACCUAAAACAGCCAUUCCAAACAUCUGGAAGAUAUUGUUCCAUCCAGUAAUUCUGAGCCAUGCACUUUGGUUAACUACCCAAUAGUCAUGGUUGUGUGUUUGGAGCCUUUUUGCUCUGUCCUUACCAAGUGUGUAGCAUCAAUAGUGUCUCAUGUCCCAUCACCACUGCCAUGAUAGAAAAUGUUUCAAGGUCACUGCCAGAUUCUGGGUGCUUAUAUAAUAGCAUGAUACUACAUUUUUUAUCCACUUUAAAAUGAUCCCAUAAUGGCCAAAAUUCUUUAUUUUUUACUUCUGGAAAACAGACCAUUUAUUCAGGUGUUAAAUACAACAUGGGCUUAUAAAACAAGUAUCUACUUCAAAAUGCAACUAUGCUUGAAAUGUUAUGUUCAGGCCACUGUUGUUAAAACAGCUUUUGCAUACCAACAGUGGGCAAUAAAGGCUUGAAGGUAUGUUGCCACAAAUUUUCUCACUAUACCACACACAACUUCCAUUAGAAUUAGUCUUCACUGCAUAAAUAAACAUUCUUUCAUCUACCAAGUCAUUCUAAGAGAGUAGUACUCCCUAUAUGUUCUGUUGACUUGUGCGCUGUUGUCAUUUUGUGUGUGUUAGAGUAAUAAAGAAUCUCUGUCUGCCAUGAUAAUAUAAUGCCCCCCCAAAAAAACACAAAAUCCCAGAAGGUAAACAUGGCUCAAUCCUCUCUAUUGUCAGGUAUUUAAUUAUUUUUCUACAUUUUUUUUUUGUUUUCCUAUUAAUUUAGUUUGUCUUCCAAAAUUCCAUAAAGUGUUAUGAUACAGCCAUUCAGAUAUGUACAAAUUGUAAAGAAUGUGUAUAAAUGUUUUAUGCCAAAUGUAAUGAGAUCUAUCUUGCAUGUAGAAACAAUUUAUGAAGUUAAUGCAAAGUGUAUAGUAAAUUCUAAGGCACUUUUUCACAGCACCACUUUUCCAGCAUUUGUAUAUUCACUUUUUGUGUCAAUCUUUGUUACUGGUUCGCUGAGGAUUUCUUUUUACCAAACUUUAAAUUGAUCCUGAUGACAGAAGUUGCAGACUUACCAUCUUACCAUCUUUAACAGACAAACUGGGACAGAAGAACAGAAGAGAUGGUUUCAGUGUGGAAAAGCCAUGUAUGUAGCAAGACCAUUUGAAAAGGCAGAUCUGUAACUUCCCAGCAAAUUAAGUCUUUAAAUUGAUAAUAAAUAUUUAUACAUAAAAGAAACUUUGUGCCCCC